GUGCCCCUGUGUGUUUCCGCUCCAGGUGUAAUACCCACGUUUUGUCUGAGCUCACGUGGCUGUGUUCGCACAGUGGUGGGCUAGGGCGGACACUUCACAGCCUGCACCGGGGAUGUUAGGUGGGACCGGAUGGUUUUCACUGGAACCUUAGAGGGCUGGGUGUCAAAGGUGGCUGGCGGCAGAGCCGCCCUGGGGAACACUGAUCACUCCGGAGCCCCGCCUCCAGAGCUCCAGGAUGAGUGACCCGGGGCAAACCACGUUGCCUCCGAGCUUUUCUAGCCAGGUGAAGAUCUGGGUCCCACCUCCAGGGGUCGUGGAGAGGGCAAACGUGGGCUCGGCAGGUCUGGCGCCAUGCGCUAGGGUACCCGGAACGCUGCGAGACCACACCCUCCUCAUUUCAGGGGUCACUCCCCCCACUGCCUACUGCCCCACCAUGGCCGGGGAUCGGCUCCCAAGGAAGGUGAUGGAUGCCAAGAAACUGGCCAGCCUGCUGCGGGGUGGCCCCGGGGGCCCUUUGGUCAUCGACAGUCGAUCCUUCGUGGAGUACAACAGCUGCCAUGUGCUGAGUUCUGUGAAUAUCUGCUGUUCUAAGCUGGUGAAGCGACGCCUUCAACAGGGCAAAGUGACCAUUGCUGAGCUCAUCCAGCCUGCCACACGCAGCCAGGUGGAUGCCACAGAACCACAGGAUGUGGUGGUAUAUGACCAGAGCACACGGGAUGCCAGUGUACUGGCGGCAGACAGCUUCCUGUCCAUCCUGCUCAGCAAGCUGGAUGGCUGCUUUGACAGCGUGGCCAUCCUCACAGGGGGCUUUGCCACCUUCUCGUCCUGCUUCCCUGGCCUCUGCGAGGGCAAACCUGCCACCCUGCCAUCCAUGAGCCUCUCCCAACCCUGCCUGCCUGUGCCCAGUGUGGGCCUGACCCGCAUCCUGCCUCACCUCUACCUGGGCUCUCAGAAAGAUGUUCUGAACGAGGAUCUGAUGACCCAAAAUGGAAUAAGCUAUGUCCUCAAUGCCAGCAACUCCUGCCCAAAGCCAGAUUUCAUCUGUGAGAGCCGUUUCAUGCGCAUCCCCAUUAAUGAUAACUACUGUGAAAAGCUGCUACCCUGGUUGGACAAGUCCAUCGAGUUCAUCGAUAAAGCCAAGCUGUCCAGCUGCCAAGUCAUCGUCCACUGUCUGGCUGGCAUCUCCCGAUCGGCUACCAUCGCCAUCGCUUACAUCAUGAAGACGAUGGGCAUGUCUUCUGAUGAUGCCUACAGGUUUGUGAAAGACAGGCGCCCGUCCAUCUCUCCGAACUUCAACUUCCUGGGCCAGUUGCUGGAGUAUGAGAGGAGUCUGAAGCUGCUGGCUGCCUUUCAGGGUGACGGGCCCCACCUGGGGACCCCCGAGCCCCUCACUGUCCCCGCAGCAGGCAUCCCCCUGCCCCGGCUGCCACCAUCUACCUCAGAGAGUGCUGCCACCGGGCAUGAGGCAGCCACCGCAGCCGAGGAGGGCAGCUCGAGCGCGGGAGGAGAGGCUCUGACCCCCAGCGCAGCUCCAGCCACCAGUGUUCUGCAGCAGGGCCUGCGUGGCCUGCACCUGUCCUCAGACCGUCUGCAGGACACCAACCGCCUCAAGCGUUCCUUCUCUCUGGACAUCAAGUCGGCCUAUGCCCCCAGCAGGCGACCUGACUUCCCCGGACCACCAGACCCCGGCGAGGCCCCGAAGCUCUGCAAGCUGGACAGCCCAUCGGGGGGCACGCUGGGCCUGCCCUCGCCCAGCCCGGACAGCCCGGAUUCCGCUGCAGAAGCGCGCCCACGACCCCGCCGUCGACGGCCCCCCGCCGGCUCCCCAGCACGCUCCCCUGCGCACAGCCUGGGCCUGAACUUUGGAGACGCGACCCGGCAGACUCCACGGCACGGCCUGUCGGCCUUGUCGGCGCCUGGGCUCCCUGGCCCCGGCCAACCGGCUGGCCCCGGAGGCUGGGUUCCCCCGCUGGACUCGCCGGGCACACCGUCGCCCGAUGGGCCCUGGUGCUUUAGCCCCGAGGGCGCGCAGGGCCCGGGCGCAGUGUUCUGCGCCUUUGGCCGGGUGGGCGCGGGCGCGCCGGGACCCGGGGGCGGCGGCGACCUGCGAAGGCGGGAGGCGGCGCGGGCAGAGCCCCGGGAUGUGCGGACCGCCUGGGCGGACGAGCCUGCUGCCGACGCACAGUUCAAAAGGCGCAGCUGCCAGAUGGAGUUCGAGGAAGGCAUGGUGGAGGGGCGCGGGCGUGGCGAGGAUCUGGCCGCCCUGGGCAAGCAAGCCAGCUUCUCAGGCAGUGUGGAGGUCAUCGAAGUGUCGUGACCCUUCGGGGGUCCCCGCACCCCUCUGCUACAAUCGGGGGCCUCUGCUCCAGUCAGGCCAGGUGUAAAUAUAUAUUAUAUGUAACGCAAAGGAAGGUAAAUGAUUUUACUGCAAUUUUUAUCGAGAAGUAAAUAUUUCGAUUUUUUUAUUUAUUUAAGCUGUUGAUUCUGGCAGAGAUCUGGCAACCGUGCAGGGCAGCCCACAAGCUCUGUUUUUACUGUCUGGUAUUUAAACUGAAACACAGGUUUUUAAGCAAUAUGAGGUCACCUUCAGUCCCAAGCUGGGGUGACAGUCCUGGGCCCCUCCUUUUCCCUCUCCUCCGGAAACAUUUCUGACCUUGCAAAGAGUUGCCCAGCUUUCCUGCACUUUUUACAUUAGAAAAGAGGGGGGGGGGAACUUUGCCACAAACUGAGCCGCAGACCCCUUGCCCUCCCUUUCCCCUCCUCUCCUGCUUCUUGUCUCUCCUGUCUUGGGCUCUGCACCAAAGCCAUAUGUGUGUGGGGUUGGGCUAGACCCUAGUGUCACUCUAGGGAGGCCCCCUAGCAGCCCCCCCACCUCAGGUUGCCAAGUCUUAGUGGCAUAGGGGUACCCUCUGUGCCCAUCACCCCAGGGCUGUUCCCUGGCAGGUGUUGGUGGGCACUGGGCCCAGUGGAACAGGUUUUCAGGGGGACUUGGACAAGGGGGCUCCUGAGAGUCAGAUGAAGUGCCCCCAAGGCAAGGAUGGGGAAAAGGUGCUCCUGCUGCUGCCUAAGUGAGGUCUAGUUCCUCGGGAGGGACCAGGAGGCCAUUCAGAAGAGGCUACUUCCCUCUUUGCAGAUGCCCCCUGAGAAUGCCCUCUCUGUUGGGAAGCCCAGCAGAUGCCCUAGUGUGGCCUGGAGGUAGUAUCCAAUGUCCAGUAGGAGAAGCCAGGCUAGCUGGGGCUGGCUCUGCUGGUCAGCCAGAAGCUCUGGGUGCUUAUGAAUGGGGGUGGAUCCAAGCUCUCUUUCUGGGUUCUUCCUGGCCCGAGUGGGACUUGGAAUGCAGGCGCACCUGCAGAUUGAGGGGGCUCUGGAGCAGGCCUCCUUGCAGAUGGAGCCAAGCAGCUUCCCUGGCCUUAGGCUCCUGGAGGCCGGGGUGGGGGUGUCCUCUGCUUUGGGAGAGCUGACUCAAGGCAGAGAAAGACCCCAGACAGGGACAGAUGCUAGGAAAGUCCACCCCAGUCCCACAGGGGCCUCUCAUGUGAGAGCCCUUCUGUCUACUUCUUUCCUGUCAUUCUCCCUAUCAUCUUCAAGGAGGCUUGCCAGCCCCUGCCCCAGGUGGGUUCUUUUUUUUUGGCUUAGAGCCAACAUGGGAGUGACAACAGGAGAGACACCUCAGCCGUCCUUGAUGCUUCCCCUCUUGGGCCGUAGGGGGAGUCAUUUUCGAGCUCUCGAAGACAGCUGUCCUUGAGUCUAGGAAUAGGGCUGUUCCUUUAGGAAGAAAUUAGUGGCUUGUUAACAGGUGGCCCAGGCAGGACAGAGUCCUGGAGAAGGCCAAGGGUGGCACCUUUCUACCCUUCAAGCCCCGCUCCUUCACUGCGUCCUUCCAUUUGUCCUUGUGAUCCACCACCCUGUGUUCCUGUCACCCUCCCUGAGCAAAAGCCCUGUCCCAGCUCUCUUGAUCCCAUCCACCCUGUUCCCUGAGAAAAUAAGCUAUUGUCGUAUUUGCAAUCUAUGGAUUAGAGGUUUAAGUAUUUAUUAUUAUUGGUUAAUUAUUAUUAUUAUUAUGUAAAUUUGCCUCCUGUCUGUCGUUGGGUUUCUGAGGUGACCCUGGGUGUGGAGAAUGCACUGGCUCCCUACUCCUUGCCCCCACUCCACUGCUGUCCCGGAGACAGUGGCUUGGGGCCGCCAGUUGGACCUGAAAACUCUGGGUUGGGUCCGGCCCCUUCCCUCUCCUGGGGGAGCUAUGGUGUCUAUCCUGGGCUUGUAGGGCCCUGUGGCCUCGAUCUGUCGUCUCACUUACUCCUGACACUGGUCACCCCAAAGUGAGUAGCCAAGAUGGAGAAGCGCCCAGUGGCCCCCUCCUGUAAGGGGUCGGGGAGACAGCACACAAGCCCUUCCCCGGUGGCUUCCACCCACUGUCCAACGUAUGGAGGGUGCAGAGGCCUCUCUGAGCCUCUCUGGCCCUCCCACCCCUCCCACCUGGUCACUGCCGGCACUGGGAUUGCCCAGAAUGCACCUGGCCCCCUCUGGUAAUUUGCUGGAAAGUCCAGCCAAGGAGAGGCGGCCAUCUCCUGCCCAAGGCUUCUGGUCCCUGAGGACCAGGGUACCAGCUGCCCCCUUGGGACCCCGCCCUAGUAGGCGGCAUUUUCCUGUUCUCUCCUUUUGUAUUUGGAAACAAUGUGUUGUAAUAAAUCCUGAGACGCUGUUUUC